UUCGAUGAAUAAUUAAAUGUAAAUUAAAAUACAAUCGCGACAUUUUCUGUGUGCCAUUCAAAUAUUUACUUUUUAAAAAAACACAAUGAAAGUCUUAACACGAAGAAAUGCGGCUUUAAAAAAUACCGCAGUAACGUCUCGUGCGAUACGAGCCUCUGUUAUCAAUCGUCGUAAUUCUGAAAAAACUGCGGAAAAAUCGAAACGUACUACAAAAGUAGCUAAAGAUGUCGCAAAAACGAACGAGGAAGAUGAAAAUGCGAAAACAACGACAGAAAAGACCAAAGAAAAUGUAAAACCAACAACUACAGGGAAAAAACGCGGAAGGCCAUUCAAGAAAGAUCAACUUUCUUCGCCAUCGAAGGAAACAACAAAACCAAAGACAACGAACUCAGUGUUACAAACCAAAGAAAAUAAAUCCGACAAAACAGCUCCUUCAGAGGAAAAUUCUUCGCCAUCAAAGGCGGCAACAAGAACAAGAACAAAAAAGAAUGAAGCAGAAAAAUCGGCUGAAGUUGUUGAAAAGUCAAUUGAAAAAAAUAACAAUGAAACAAGUAAUGGCUUGUUAACCAAAGGACCAUUCAGCGGAAGUCAAACCUUGUCAGAAACCAGUAAGAAAAGUGAUCGAAAAUAUCAAUGCGGAAUUUGUAUGAAAGUUUUUUUGGGAUCUAAUGAUUUGAGAAAACAUCUUCGAAUUCAUAGCGAUGAACGUCCUUAUUCUUGCCCACACUGCGAUAAACGAUUCCGUCAAGGAGGAUGUUUGAAAAAUCACAUAGCUUCGCAACAUGGAACUGAUACUGUCUACACUUGCGAUUAUUGUUCCAAGACUUUUCCGAUAAAGGAACGCCUGAGAUUACACAUUCGUAUUCAUACGGGUGAAAAGCCGUACAAAUGUGAUUAUUGUCCAAAAACAUUUGCUCGUGGCGGGCAACUCACGCAACAUUUGGUUACACACACCGGUUUGAAGAAAUUCAAGUGCGAUAAUUGCGGGCAAAAGUUUUCGUCAGCUGCUAAUUUGAGAUUGCAUCAAAAGACGCAUUUAGAUGAAAGAGAUUUCACUUGCCAUCUUUGCGGAAAAGGGUUUUAUCGACCUGAUGCUUUGAAGAAACACAUUUCGUGCUAUCAUCAUAACAUUAAGGCUUUUCACUGCAAGAUUUGCAAUAAAAUGUUCAAAGGACAUUUGCCGCAACAUAAGCGCACGCAUAAACAUAUCAAGAAACAUGGGUGUUCGACAUGCGGAGCAACGUUCUCUCAACGAUCGCAACUCGUUGUUCAUCAGAGAAUUCAUUCGGGAGAGAGACCUUAUAGAUGUCAAGUUUGUUGGCAAGCUUUUGCUCAUAGUUCCGUAUUAAAACUGCAUAUACGUAAACAUACGGGAGAAAAACCAUUCAAAUGUCCCAUUUGUGUUCAAACGGGCCUUGGAUUCUCCCAAUUGCCACACUUGAAGAAACAUUUAAAGUCAAUUCAUGGACAAGAUAAGCCCUAUAUGUGCGAAAAUUGCAAAGAAUUUUUCAAAACAAAGUACGAUAUUCAACAACACUCUUUCGAAUGUGUCAAAAAGGAGACAGUUGCAAGUGUUGAAGAGCUCAUCGAUCGAACAAUUCGAAACAACCAUGCAAGUGUUGAGCCUCCCAUGCCCGUCGCCCGAAUGCGUCUUUUGAUUGCAAUUUUGCUCAAGAAAAUCUCGACAGAUGAACGUUUGCGACAACUUGGCUACGAAAAACGUCUUAUCGAUAAUGUUCUGAUUGAUUCUCUCAAAUGUGCAGGACGCAAUGCUUGCGAAUCGAUGGAUAUGACAGAAGCGCAACGCUUGAAGACAAAUGUGCAAGAGUUUCUCGAAUGGACUGUUCCCGCACAGUAUAUGGAAAACUUUAAGCGACAACAUCGCAGUACCGAAGAAAUUCUUGAGGAAUUGACUAAUUAAAGUUUUUUUUUUUUGUUUCAUUGAAUGAAUGUUAGAGACAAAUUUAGAAAUUUUCAUAUAGAUUUAAGGUAUACAAUUUUUUCUUGCCAAAGAUUGAAUUCAUUGGUGUUGGGAUUUCAAUCGACUUGUAAAUACACAUAAAAAUUAGAGAGAUGUGUUAUGUAGUACCUAUGUAGUGACUAACAAACAUUUUAUAAAAACUAAAAUUAACCCAAAUUUUCAGUUAAGUAAAAAACUAACGAAUUUUCGAUAGAGGGAAGUGAAAUUUUUUAAAAUGAUGCCAUAUUUAGUUUUCUAGUCAAUUUUUAAAUUAAAAUUUCUUUCUUUUUUUUAAAUUAAAAUAAUAAAUAACAAAAGUACAGCUAUAUAGCCAAAGUAUUAAAAUAAAAAGUGAAGAAUUUUUUGAAGAGUAUCGAGAGAAAAAACAACUUGACCAAAGAUUCCCGCCAAUUAUUUUUUCAUAGUUUUAUAAUUUGAACAUUUAUUUUAAUGAAUGUGUAAAAAAAAAUA